GGGCUGCACUCCUCGUAUCUCCGUGUUGUGCUUUCCCUACACCUUUCUUUUUGCCCGAAACUUUUCCCAAACAUCGCCCCUCCUGCGUUUGUCUUUGUUUCCUCAUCUGGAGACCUUCAUUCGUUCUCGUCGCUCGUCCAGAAGUUGUACGGAAUUCCUACUCGACUGACAGUACUCUCACCUACCUAGCCCAGAUAACAUCACAGGGAACUCUCGCCGGUGCACGGCCCCGCCAAAAUGUCGAGACAACAGAACAACCGGUCGAGCCGACAGAUUAGGGGACCUCAAUCGGCUCUGACUGAUUUCUUAGCCUCGCAUAACAUCUCGGCAAAUCAGAUUCGUCUUGAUGCCGACGCACGACGGAGAGCAGCAGAACAGGAGAAUGGUGCUAGCUCCUCUAAUCAGCAGCAAGCUGCGGAAGAUGAAGUAGGAGAGUCAUCUACGGUCACAACCUCUGUUACUGUUACAACCAGGACAUCUCGACGGAAGAAGGACCAAAUGGUCAUCGACAAGAUCAAAGCUAGCAAAACGUAUCAGAAGCGAAAGCGAAAUGCAGACGAGGAUGACGAAGACGACGAUUUGCUGGAUACUCUGCUUCGGGAGCGCGCUCCUCUACCGGGCCAAAUGGACAAUUGCGCCAACUGUGGAAAGCGGUUCACUGUCACGGCAUACUCGCGCAAUCAUCCCGAUGGAGGCCUGUUGUGUAGCCCCUGUGGAAAAGAGAUGGACAAGGAUGCGCCGCCCAAGAAGAAGCCGGCCAAGCGUGCUGCUGCCGGCCCGGUAGGGAGACGCCGACAGAUUCAGAGCAAGAUCCUGGAUGGCACAUUCCAACUCGGAGCUAAAAGCUUGAUGACACUCUGUAUCGAGACUCUGGCCAAGAACAUCGACCUGGCUGAGGAUCUAGGUGAUCUGCCUCAGCCAGUCAUCGACAAAAUCGCCCGGAAGCUCUCGAAGCAUAGACUUCUCAAUCCCACAACACUCAGUCUAUUUUUGCAGCCAACGACUGAUGAGGUCUGCAUUUACGAUGGCGCCAAGCUCUCCGCCGACGAUUAUAUUCGCAUUUUCCAGACAGUACCAGGACUCAAAAAGUUGAAAGCUCGCAACGCCAUCCACUUCAAAGACGAAGUCAUGGACUUUCUAGUCUCUCGUAAAACCGAGCUUGAGGACCUUUACCUUCACGGCUCCAACCUCAUUGACGAAGAGAAAUGGCUGGAGUUUCUCCAAAAGAAGGGAAAAUCCCUACAAUCUCUCCGCGUCUACUGGACAGACAAGCACUUUGGCGACUCCGCCCUGGCCGCCCUCCCCUCAUCAUGUCCGUCUUUGGUCCGCCUCAAGGCGUGCCAUAACCAGAAGAUCACUGGCGAGGGCAUAAAGCACCUCGCCCAACUGAAGCAUCUCAAGCACCUCAGCAUUGAUUUACGCAAUCACGUCCAUUCGGAUGUCUACGUCAACGUCCUCUCUUCCAUCGGUCGUAAUCUCGAGACGUUCUCUAUCACGCGCGAGAUCGACCUUGACAACACCGUCCUGGACGCUAUACACAACCACUGCCGCUCGCUGCAGAAGCUGCGUAUUACCGAUAGCGAGGUCAUGACAGAUGAGGGUUUUGCCCGUCUCUUUACUAAUUGGGAGAACAAGUGCUUAGUGUUUGUCGACCUGCAAAAGUGUCGACAGGUAGACUCGGCAAACCCGCGCGAGAACCCGGACAACAUCGGCUUGUGCGACAAAGGCUUCAAGGCAUUGAUGGCACAUUCCGGAAGGAAGAUUCAGCAUCUGAACGUGCACGGGUGCAGGCACAUAUCAGCAAAAGCCUUUGAGGAGGUGUUCCCCGCGGAUGGCAAAAAGGUCUAUCCAGAGUUGAAGAACCUGGAGAUUAGCUUCUGCGAGGAAGUGUCGGAUUUUAUCGUUGGGAGCAUUUUCAAGUGCUGCCCCAAUAUUCAUGAGCUGAAUGUUUUCGGCUGCAUGAAGGUGAAGAGUGUGAGGGUACCCAAGGGAAAGAUCCUUGUGGGCGUGCCGAAUGCGUUGGGAAUGGUUAUCGAGGGUGUUGAUGAUGACGAAGAGUGAAUGGCAGCACGUGUGUGCCUGUGUUGUAACAACACUUCUCCCCAUUCUCUACGUUUCUUCAGUCACAUCAUCAUCUGAUUUCUUUAGCCUUUGACAUGGUCAGAGUUUAUCUCCUCAUUUAUCUUCCUAGUGUGCUAUAUAUGCACAUUGGAGAGGAGCGGGAGCAGGAAUAUGGCCUGACCUCCUCGGCACAUCUCUGUUGGGCUGAAAUUAAUUGUAAACUAAUUGCCAUCUCCAUCAUUUCGGAUGGUCAGCUGAAAGGAAGGGGCCAAGCUAUGCUCCCCAGAUACGCCCUUGAGGCUGUGUUUAGACCAGUUUAAAACAGACACCAUCAAGUCGAGCAAUUACUAGUUAGCUGAGGUUUAAUAUGAUGAUAGUAGACACUUCAA